AUGGCGGCCAUCACCAUCACCCAAGAGCAACUCCAGGAGAUCAUGAAGGAAGCGAUGAAGGCAGCGUUGACUCAUGCGAGACAAGCAACGGGGACAUACAGCGUCGUACCUGGAGGAGGAGAAGGUCUCGACACUACAUGGGACCUUACCUCCGACAAGGGCAUGAAAUAUUUCCAAAUGAAAUAUUUCCAAGAAGCGACCAAAGCACCCACAGUGCUUUACGAUGGCUCCAUCGAAAAGUUGCAUCACUUCCUUGGGCUGGUCAAAAAGAGGUCUAUGACGUACGGCAUGAUGGCAGUAAUAAGCAAUAUAAAUGUUGGAAAUAAUACAACGAGGGCUAUAUUAACCGAAUAUGGAUCAAUCACUCAAGAGCAAAUGAAAGCUCAUGCCGAAACUUAUCAAAGAGAAGAUAAUAGGAAGAGACAGGCAGCAAAGAUGGUUGAGGCACUCAUAGCCAACAGUAUUGAGCAAGACGUAUUCGAUGAAUUAGAACAGUACGAAGAAAAGUACACGGUAAAAGUAACACCAACCGGCGGAACCGCGGAAGUCAAACGACAGGAUGGUCCGAUGAUACCAAUUAAUUUGUAUGAUAUACAGGCAUUCAACAGGAAAGUGAAUGGAUUAAUCGUCUCACUCAGAGCCAGGCAAGCGCAAGUGCCAACACUGAUCGCUCCAUUAUUCAGAGCUUACAAGACGUGCGAAGAUAAGAUGUUUGCUCAGUACUUCUCGAGGAAGGAAGAGCAAUACGAGGACGGAUCGCUUGGAGCCGACAUGGAGCACGCGGAACUUAUCAGGCUAGCCAACGAGAAGUAUAAGAUCAUCACCGGCAAGAAGGAAUGGAAGCAGAAGACCGAACACGAACUAGAGUUCAUGGCACUUAAGGCUGAAGUAGCUGACCAAAGCAAGGAAGAAGGAGCUUACGCAAAAACCCAGUCAGAAGGCAACUGGCAAGGCCGCGAACCAAUGGAAUAG